CCUCUUUGGCAGUUGUCCUGUUGGUUCAAUAGCACUAGGCAUUAUUGUUUGGUAGACCCAAGCACACGUCGCGUUUAAUAAUUAUUAAAUUUUCCACUAGUUAAACUGAGAACAUGUGUGAGCAGUAUUGUGACAAGUUUGAGACCUUCAAUCCGGAGGUUGAGUUUGCCAAGUUUCAAAAAAGAAGGCCCGUCGUCAGGACCGCCAAACUCUAUGAGAAUCUGCACAAGCGGGAGGACAUCAAGUGUCCCUAUAGUUUCAAGGGCUAUGGCGUGGAGACGGACUCCAACACAAUGUACCGCACCUGCAACUCGGAAUAUGGUUACUAUGCACCCAAUGCCUAUACCAUACCCAAGCGUUUCUAUCCUCUGCCCCAGAAUUUCUCAAACGAAGUCGUUCGUUUCGGCAUGUAUCGCAAUUUCUCCCUGAACACGCACAUGGAUCGCACCUUUUACUAGGACUUGGUUUACCGAAAGAACUUCAGAAUUCAAAUCAAAUCCAAGCAUUUUAUCACGCUCAGAUCGUUUUAAACUUUAUACACAAUUUUAUGGUUUUUAUGCAAUUUGAAAAUUUUACGCUGAUCAACAAGUAAUUCAUCUUUCAUCGAAAAUUUACCUUCCAUUAAAGCAACCUUAAAGAAAUCUAUCAAUAACAAAUUUCAAAAUGUAAUGUGAAAAAGACAAAAAAUAAAGAACAUUUUAAGAAAACACCUAAA